AGAGAGAGAGAGACACUCGCUCCAGCGCGGGGGGCCAUUUUAGUGCUUGCUUGGCGGCGGCGGCGGCGGCAGCAGCAGCAGCAACGUCGGCAGCCGCGCGGAGCUCCAAGCCGAGCCCUUUCCGGGGAGGCGGCAGCAACGGCGCCGCCCCCUCCCCGUUUUUCCUCCCCCUGCGCCCGGGGAGCGGCUGUCCCUGAGGGACCCCUGAGGGUCGCUCCGUCGCCUCAGCGGCGGCAGCGGCAGCGAAGCCCCCCCGGUGCCGCUUUUGCCCUCAGGAAGGGGGAGAGUCGCGCCUCAGUUGACGCCGCCUGGUUUCCCUCGCUCCUGCGCCGCCUGCCCGCUCGCUUCUCCUCCUCAGCAUGUACACGCGUGUCCGUGUGAAUGCGUGACGCUUCUUCCUCCUCCUCCUCCUCCUCCUCAGCUGGGCUCUUUCCUUCCGGGAGGGCCGCCGCUUCUACCGCUGACUUGGCGCCAAGUUCUUCCCCGGAGAAGAAGCGGAGAGGCCGGUCCGCCAACCGAACUGGAGCCAACUGCCCCGGGCUCUUCACGUGUCUUCGAGGAGGAGGAGGAGGAAUGGGUUUCUAGGCUUUCCUGGCGAACAAUGGCCUCUUUCCAGAGGGGCUCCGGGGACUCCCCGCGCCUGGCCGCUUUUCCCAAGCUUGGCGGUCUGGGCUGGUGGUAGAUCUCGGCGUCCAGCCAUUUGAGGGGUCGCCGGGGGGGGGCUUUGGGUGCCUGUUGGAGUCGGGGUGGAAGAAGCAGCAUCAGCAGCAUCAGCAUCAGCGAAGAUACAGGUUGUCCUGGAGCCGCCUGGCUGCGUCUCUUGGGGAAGCCGCGCCGCCCGUCAUCCUCCUCCUCCUCCUCCUCCUCCUCCUCAUCUUCCUCCUCCUCUUCCUCUUCAUCUCCUCCUUCUCCCCUCGCCAGCUCUCUCGGAGGUGAUGGAACUCAUGUUCGCCGAGUGGGAAGACGGGGAGAGGUUUUCCUUCGAGGACUCGGACCGCUUCGAGGAGGACUCGCUUUGCUCCUUCAUCUCGGAGGCCGAGAGCCUGUGCCAGAACUGGAGAGGAUGGCGGAAACAGUCGGCCGGACCCAACUCGCCCACGGUCAAAAUGAAAGAUGGGUCUGUGAUCCCUUUGGUGGAACUGUCAGCAAAGCAGGUGGCAUUUCACAUUCCAUUUGAAGUAGUGGAAAAAGUCUACCCACCUGUGCCUGAGCAACUGCAGCUUCGCAUUGCCUUUUGGAGCUUUCCAGAGAAUGAAGAAGACAUCAGGCUAUAUUCAUGCUUGGCCAAUGGCAGUGCAGAUGAGUUCCAACGAGGCGAGCAACUCUUCCGAAUGAGGGCUGUUAAAGACCCAUUACAGAUAGGUUUCCACCUGAGUGCCACAGUGGUACCUCCACAGGUAGUGCCACCAAAAGGAGCCUACAACGUGGCAGUAAUGUUUGACAGAUGCAGGAUCACCUCAUGCAGCUGUACAUGUGGAGCUGGGGCCAAAUGGUGUGCCCACGUGGUAGCCCUUUGUCUCUUUCGGAUACACAAUGCAUCUGCAGUUUGCUUGCGAGCGCCUGUCUCUGAGUCCCUGUCUCGACUACAAAGAGAUCAGCUGCAAAAAUUUGCACAGUACCUGAUCAGUGAACUCCCUCAACAGAUACUUCCAACCGCUCAGCGUCUACUUGAUGAGCUGCUAUCCUCUCAGUCCACUGCCAUCAACACUGUAUGUGGAGCCCCAGAUCCAACUGCUGGUCCAUCUGCCUCUGAUCAAAGCACCUGGUACUUGGAUGAAUCUACAUUAAGUGACAACAUAAAGAAAACUCUUCACAAAUUUUGUGGUCCCUCUCCUGUUGUAUUUAGUGAUGUGAAUUCCAUGUACUUGUCCUCUACGGAACCCCCGGCGGCUGCUGAGUGGGCCUGCCUGUUACGUCCCCUGAGAGGGAGAGAACCUGAAGGCAUAUGGAACCUGCUUUCAAUUGUACGUGAGAUGUUUAAGAGACGGGAUACCAAUGCAGCUCCUCUUCUGGAGAUCCUGACAGAUCAGUGUCUAACAUACGAACAGAUAACUGGCUGGUGGUAUAGUGUAAGGACAUCUGCAUCCCACAGUAGUGCAAGUGGGCACACUGGCCGGGGCAAUGGCCAAUCAGAAGUUGCUGCUCAUGCUUGUGCAAGUAUGUGUGAUGAGAUGGUGGUUCUUUGGAGACUUGCUGUCUUGGAUCCAACCAUCAGCCCUCAUCGGCGAAGGGACUUGUGCGCGCAGCUGAGGCAGUGGCAGUUGAAGGUAAUAGAGAAUGUGAAAAGAGGGCAGCACAAGAAGUCCCUUGAGAAGUUAUUCCAUGGAUUCAAACCGGCCGUGGAAGCUUGCUACUUCAAUUGGGAGGAGGCGUAUCCUAUUCCAGGCAUCACCUACAGCAGUGCUGAUAAAAAGAACUCCUUUUGUUGGGUUAAGGCCAUCCAGCAGAGGAACUGCAGGCCACCGUGUAUAGAAAAUUUUUCUGAGGCGGGGAGAGGCCAUGGAACAGAUGCUAUGGGGACAUGUUUGCAGCUAGGAGACCGGUCACGACUUGUCUCUCAGGAGCCAGCUGUGCGCCCCAAAGAACUUAUUGGGAAACGGAAAGUUGUGUCUGAAGGGCCCCAGCGGGUUCUGAGAAGACUUUCAGCAGAAGGUGAUAAAGCUUCAUAUAAAACAGCUGCAAACAAGGGCAAGCUUCCGGUGGGAAAGAACUUGGCCAGCAAACAUGGUGGGAAGCGUCGGAUGAGCAGCGAGGACAGUUCUCUGGAGCCGGACUUGGCUGAAUUGACUUUAGAUGACAGCAGUUUGGCUCUUGGAGCGGAGGCGAGCAAUACGUUCAGCUUCACAGACAGCCCGUUGAGCAGAAGCUACAGAGAUACUUUUGAGGAUGAUGGUGGUGUGUAUUUCUCUGAGGCAACCGAGCCUACCCUCAGAAGCAGCCCUUCCACAAAGAAACUUUCAAAGGAACCCGUGGAGGAAGUGGGCAGUGGAGACGAUGACCUCCAUGGCCCUGAUGAAAGUAGUGCUGGGGUAUGUUCAAAGCCAAAAGAGGUGGAGGAAAAUGGCGCUGCUGGAGGAGAAGAGGAAGAAGAUGAUUAUCAAGUGUAUUAUUUAAAUCCCCAGGAGGUGGCUAAGGAAGAAGACGAGAAAGCAGAGGGUGGGAUUGAAGAGGAACAAGACAUGUUCGCUGGAAUAAAACCCUUGGAGCAAGAAAACCGGAUGGAGAUCCUGUUUGCCUGCGCAGAGGCUCUUCAUGCACAUGGCUAUAGCAGUGAAGCUUGUCGUCUCACGGUUGAACUUGCAAAAGACUUACUGGCUAACCCUCCUGAUCUCAAAGUGGAGCAACCCCCAACCAAGGGAAAGAAAAACAAAGUGUCUACCAGCAAACAGACUUGGAUGGCAACAAAUACAUUAUCCAAAGCUGCUUUUCUGCUGACUGUACUGAGUGAGCGGCAGGAAUAUCACAAUCUAGCUUUCCAGAUUGGCAUGUUUGCUCUGGAGUUACAGAGGCCGCCAGCAUCUACCAAGGCCCUGGAGGUCAAGCUGGCAUACCAGGAGUCUGAGAUUGUGGCCUUGCUGAAGAAGAUCCCACUUGGCUCUAGCGAGAUGAAUACUAUUCGGGGGAGGGCUGAAGAGCUGAGGGAAGGAACCCUGUGUGAUUACCGCCCUGUCCUGCCUCUCAUGCUAGCUAGCUUCAUAUUUGAUGUCUUAUGUGCUCCAGUGGUUUCUCCUACAGGGUCAAGACCCCCAAGCCGUAAUUGGAACAAUGAAAUGCCUGGAGAUGAAGAACUUGGCUUUGAGGCAGCCGUGGCAGCACUUGGCAUGAAGACAACAGUGAGUGAAGCAGAGCAUCCUCUUCUGUGUGAAGGUACUCGAAGAGAGAAAGGAGAUCUAGCUUUAGCCCUGAUGAUCACUUACAAGGAUGAUCAGUCUAAACUCAAAAAAAUCUUGGAUAAGCUGCUGGACAGGGAAAGUCAGACACACAAACCUCAAACUCUGAGUUCGUUCUACUCAUCUAGCAAGCCUACAGUAGCUAAUCAGAAAUCUCCUUCCAAACACGCUACCCAGUCAACUGCACCCAUGCAGCAUCUCCCAGGAACAUCUGUUGCACAGCAGACAGGUGUACCGCCUGCAGUCCAAAGCAAUCCUUCUGAACCCUUUAUGGAGAAGACUACCCAAGAGAACCCUCAAAGAUCCCCUUGUGACCCGCCUGUUGAGUCCAGUAUCUUAAAGCAAGAAGGGAAAGUUCCUAGCCGAAUAGCUCUUGGAAGCAGAGGGGGCUACAAUGGAAGAUGCUGGGGUUCACCCGUCAGACAGAAAAAGAAGCACACAGGAAUGGCAAGCAUUGACAGCAGUGCCCCAGAAACCACCUCCGACAGUUCUCCCACCCUCAGUCGGCGUCCCCUGCGAGGGGGCUGGGCAACUACCUCCUGGGGCCGGGGGCAGGACAGUGACAGCAUCAGUAGUUCUUCCAGUGAUUCCUUGGGUUCCUCUUCUUCCAGCGGAAGCCGGAGGGCCAGCGGAGGGGCACGUGCAAAGACUGUGGAGGUUGGGAGGUACAAGGGCCGGCGACCGGAGAGCCAUGCCCCUCAUGUCCCAAAUCAGCCCUCAGAGGCAGCUGCUCACUUCUAUUUUGAGUUGGCCAAGACGGUUCUCAUUAAGGCUGGGGGAAACAGCAGCACCUCCAUUUUCACCCAUCCGUCUUCUAGUGGCGGCCACCAGGGGCCUCAUCGUAACCUUCACCUCUGCGCCUUUGAGAUUGGACUCUAUGCAUUGGGACUGCACAACUUCGUCUCGCCAAACUGGCUGUCUCGGACUUACUCCUCUCAUGUCUCUUGGAUCACAGGGCAAGCCAUGGAGAUUGGCAGUGCAGCCUUGAAUAUCUUGGUGGAAUGCUGGGAUGGACACCUAACUCCCCCGGAAGUGGCAUCGUUGGCUGACAGAGCUUCAAGAGCUCGGGAUUCCAAUAUGGUGCGAUCGGCUGCUGAGUUGGCCUUGAGUUGUUUGCCACAUGCGCAUGCCUUGAACCCCAAUGAGAUCCAGAGAGCCCUGGUCCAAUGCAAAGAGCAGGAUAAUCUAAUGUUGGAGAAGGCUUGCUUGGCUGUAGAAGAGGCAGCCAAAGGCGGCGGAGUUUAUCCUGAAGUUCUGUUUGAGGUUGCUCACCAGUGGUACUGGUUGUAUGAGCAAACGGUUGGGGGAACUCUUGCCCAGAGGGAAGGAGCAACAGGCUGCAGUGCAAACGGAGCCCGGGCGUCAUGUGAAACAGUCCGUGGACUACCGGACGCCAGAGUGACAUCAGAAUCCGCUACAGUGACGGUGGCUGCUGCGGUGACAGCAGCGGCAACAGUGGUGCCUGUGAUAUCAGUGGGGUCAACCAUAUACCAGCAGCACACUGUGGCAGGACCAGCGAUGGCACACGCACACACCCAGGGCCUGCACCCCUACACGACACUCCAGACCCACAUUCCUUGCAAUCCUCAAUACAUCGGCCAUCCUCUUCAGCACAUGCCCCGGCCAGCAGUCUUCCCAGUGCCUGGGUCUGCUUAUCCACAGGGUGUCCACCCGGCGUUCAUCGGGGCCCAGUACCCCUACUCGGUAUCUACUCCGUCUUUGGCAGCAACUGCAGUGUCCUUCCCAGGAGUCCCGGUCCCUUCCAUGACACAGAUUGCUAUGCACCCGUACCAUGCUGAGACAGGGCUCUCACUGUCUUCCAAUGUAGCAAUAGGAAGUGUUCACGCAGGGUCUACUUUCCCAGCCAUUCAAGGGACUUCCUUAACCAGCUUGUCUUCUCAGCCCAGUUCCCUUGUGACAGGGGGCUUCCCUUCGGAAGAUGAGCAGCACAGCCAACCGGUCAGUCCUCAAGGAUUGCACUACCUUCAUUCUGCCUACCGAGUUGGGAUGCUGGCACUGGAGAUGCUCGGUCGCAGGGCUCACAAUGACCACCCCAAUAACUUCUCACGCAGCCCCCCCUACACAGAAGAUGUGAAGUGGCUUCUCGGACUAGCGGCCAAAUUAGGUGUAAACUACGUACAUCAGUUUUGCGUUGGUGCAGCCAAGGGAGUCCUGAGUCCUUUUGUGCUGCAAGAGAUCAUCAUGGAAUCCCUGCAGAGACUCAACCCUGCCCAUGUCCACAACCACUUGCGCACACCUGCCUUUCAUCAGUUGGUGCAGAGGUGCCAGCAGGCGUAUAUUCAGUACAUCCAUCAUCGUCUGAUCCAUCUCACUCCAGCGGACUACGAUGACUUUGUGAAUGCCAUUCGCAGCGCCCGUAGCGCCUUCUGCCUGACCCCUAUGGGCAUGAUGCAGUUCAAUGACAUCCUUCAGAAUCUGAAGCGCAGCAAACAGACCAAGGAUCUGUGGCAACGGGUCUCCCUGGAAAUGACCACCUUCUCACCCUGAGGCCCCAUCUUGCAUCCUUCCUUAUGGGAUCUUUUUAAUUUUAGCUAUUGGAAACCACUGAUUCAAUGUAUUUCUACCAUGACAUUCCUCGUCCAUGUGGCUGUGGCUGUGUUCUACUUCCCUUUCUCUCCUCCUCCUCCCCGGCAAGUGAAGGCAAGGAAGCUGUGUGUGUGUGUGUGUGUGUGUGUGCGUGUGGGUGAGAGAGAGGGGGAGCUGGCUGAUCAUUGGUCAACAGUUUUAGUCUUUUUCCUGUAUAGGGAUGUCUUUAUAAAUGAACAUCAUUUCUGCCUUUCUCUCUCUCUUACUGGGUGUGUAUGUAUGCAUGUUAGGGGUAGGAUCAAACCUGUUUCUUUAUAAUAUUUAUUUUGGCAUUUAUAAAUAUGUAUACUACUUUCUAUAUGGUUCUUAAAAUUUCAGCCGUUACCGGGCCAGGAGAAGCAGAGUUUGUUUCUGCUCAUCCAGGUUUUCUCCAACACCGUUCCUUCCUCCUUCCUGCCACAGCAGGUCCCCUCAUCCAGUACAGCUUACCUGUUUGGAUGGGCAAAGACACCACUGGAAGCAUCUGGUCUCAGCAAGUACAGAACUGGCUGGUACGAUUUCUUUGCUCUUAGAUAAGUGAUCUGAGGGCCUCUUCAUCAGAUGACAUAGGAUAUUCUACCCAAAAUGGCUCCAAGUUGUACAGUCAUGUUCCUUGAGAUGUUAGCUCUCCUGUAAUCAGUUUCUUACUCCUUGUUUCAGUUUCCCGAUUAAAGCCCUCAUUUUCUUA